AGUUCGGUAAACAAUCACAAUAAGACCUUGGGUUGAGCGAGAAGAGUGCAUGCUAGCUGCAGACGACCGAAUCGAAAGUGAAUUUAUCGGAGAGGAUUUACGACAUCGCACCGCGCCAGCCCGCCUAUACCCCCGUAAAUGUCGUCAGCUGCACACACGAAGAACAGCAUGGAUGUUUUGGAAAGCCAAGGGAUUGUGAUCUCAGAGGCACAGCACACAAUUUUGCAGGCAGCUUUCGGAGAGGCCGAUACGGAGAAGAAGGGAACGAUAGAGACCCGGUUGGUACCGCAGCUGAUCAGCAAGCUACUCGGGAACGCAUCCCUCAAGAGAGGAUCCCUCCUCCAGCUACGAGCUAACGCCAAGGCAAAGAACGGAGUUGUGAAGUUCUCGGAAUUCGUAACCAUCAUGUCGGAGGCAAUGUCACAGACGACAGAGUGGGGUGCCCUCAAGACAGAGAUCAACGGUUAUGUUGGAAUCGACACCAUACAGGAACAGAUCAGGAAGAAAGCACUGAAGAGAGGCUUUGAUUAUAACAUCAUGGUAGUUGGGGCUAGUGGUCUGGGCAAGUCGACUCUGGUCAACACAUUGUUCAAGGCCAAGAUCAGCAGACGGUCCUGUUCAGAGGAGAAUAAUGAAGAAUUACCACCACCAAUCCCAAAGACUGUGGAAGUCAAGUCCAUUAGCCAUGUUAUUGAAGAGAAUGGAGUUAGAUUGAAACUAACCAUAACAGACACACCAGGCUUUGGUGAUCACAUCAACAAUGAAAACUGUUGGAUACCCAUAGAGGAGUACAUCAACGAGCAGUAUGAGAAGUACUUAUCAGAAGAGAUCAAUAUCAGUCGUAAGAAACACAUUCCAGAUAGCAGGGUUCAUGUAUGUCUGUACUUCAUAGCACCGACGGGACACGGAUUAAAACCUUUAGAUGUUGAAUUCAUGAAGAGGUUGGCCAAGGUUGUCAAUGUAGUACCAGUCAUUUCCAAGGCAGACACACUCACCAUUGAAGAAAGACUGCUCUUCAAGAAGAGGAUAAAGCAUGCAUUGAAUCAGAACACUAUACUGACGUACCCCAUGAAGAACCUGGAAGAAGACGAUGAGGAUACACUUAUCAAUGAUGCUCUUAGGGACCAAAUGCCAUUUGCUGUGGUAGGGAGUGAUAAGCUACAUGAAGUUGAUGGACGAGAGCUCCUGGGAAGACUCACGAAUUGGGGUCUGAUUGAAGUCGAGAACCCAAACCACUGCGAGUUUGCCAACCUCCGCGACAUGCUAAUCAGGACACACCUCCAAGACCUUAAAGAAAUCACCGAUACCAUCCACUACGAGAACUUCCGCUACGAGAGACUCCAAGCUAGACAGAACACCAAGAAAGUUGACUCGACUACCAAGUAAACCCUUCCCCUACCACCACCCAUCCUUUUCUGUGUGUCUGUCUGUCUGUUUGUCUUGGUCUCAGUACGUCUUCUUGUCUUUCUGUGGGUUUUCUACACCCUACUGUACCUGCAUCCACCUACAGUCUACCAAAACCUUUUAUUUGAUUUCAUUAAAAAAAUAGACUUUUGAAAUGUUUCACCUCAUAUGUCUUUUGCAUAUGGUGCUUACCAAUUACACCUUUUUUUGUUUUUUUCCUGUUUUAUUUAAACCACAAUCACAUUCUCCCUCUCUCAUUUAACCCAAUCCAAGUUUUGUAUUAAUGCGCCAUUAUGCUUCACUAAGGUACAUUCAUCUUUUUGCUGACUGUUUUAAUACUCGAGCUUUUUGAAAUCAACUUUUUGACAGCAGAUGCUCGCACCACAAUAUUUGCUGUUCCUGUAUUAUGCUUAAACACUCUAUUUAUACAUUCAUCUUAUUGCAAAAUACUACUAUUUCUUAAAACAUAUACUAUUUCUUUAAUACAAGUAUGCAUUUACAAAAUAAUUUUGUAUAUAUAUCUGCAAAACGAGCCUUAUGAAUUUUCAUUUCAAACCUGCUAGUAGGAAAGGAAUUGAGAAUGAAGCCCUUUUGAUAAUACAAGCAAAACCAUUGGCAUUGGUUUUAACUUCAAUUUAUGAAGCCAUGUGCAGCUGUUUAGAAUGUUUUAUUUUGUCAACAUUCUUGAUAUAUUCCAUAUCACACCUGUUCAUACUUAUCCAUUUGUCUAUUUCAGGAUCAAGUCCCUCUCCUCACUUCUUUCUCCAUCAUUUAAUUUCAUUUUGUUUUUCCCAGUUUUUCAUGACCUUUUCACAGUCUGAUGCAUAUAUGGCACUCGGGUAUAAUCAUCUUUUCAUGAAUAUGGCACUUCCAUUAAUUCCAUACCAUUUUUGCCCCUUCAUAGCACAUGGCCAAAUCUAACAGAAUAUGACAAAUUGAUGCAAAAUAACCUUGUGAGGUUUCCAAAUCCUACAAAAUAACACUUUGCAUACUGUCUGUUACGUUGCUGUCAUGGUUAAUGUGUUAAAUUCUAGUAAUUCUGGCAAAGAUAUUUGCAAACCUCGGAUGUCAAUUUUCAAUC